AUGGAGGCCAAGGUCCGCCCGAGCCGGCGUUCGCGCUCGCUGCGGGACCGCGUGAGGCGCCGGGAAGCGGCCGCCGCGGCCCGCGACGCCCGUCCGCGGAGCCCGUCGUCGGGUGACGAGCCCGAGCCCAGCCCGGGCAAGGAGAACACGAGCCACAACUGCGCGCCGCCCCGAGGAGGCGCCGCUGCCGCCCCUGCGCCCCGCGUUGCGCGCCCCCCGCGCCGUCGCCGCCGCGAGUCCAGCUCGCAGGAGGAGGAACUCAUCGACGGCUUCGCCAUCGCCAGCUUCAGCACCCUGGAAGCCUUGGAGAAGGAUAUGGCCCUGAAGCCACAUGAGCGGAAGGAAAAAUGGGAACGGCGCCUCACCAAGAAGCCCCGAGAGUCAGAAAACUGCCCAUCAACAGAGCCUAGUGAGAACGGGCGGCCGCUGGAGGCAGACAACCCCGAGCAGGACUUAGAGCCUACCUGUGACCGGGGCAAGAAGAAGGUUCCACUGCAACCAACCAAGCAGAUGAAAGUUGCGGUGCCCAGAGGGGGCGACAGGAACAGUGAGGAGGACGGCGUGCACGAGGCUACCAGCUCCAGGCGCAGCAGCUCUCGGGACCGGCUCAGCGACAGCUCGGCACAGGUGGUCUCUGGAAGAGGCUAUUCGUGUGACAGCGAGAGCGAUGUGGACGACAAGGCGUCAGUGAGCUCCGAGAAGCUCUUUGCCCCAUCAGCCAACAGAGGCCCCUCAUUGGGGGAGAAGUUGGAGGUCAAGGCAGUAACUGUACCCAGGGUCUCGGGGCUGGAGCGGAGCCGAGAACUGAGCACCGAGACAGCCUUUCUACCUUCUGUGCCCAGCCCCGCGCCUGUCCCUGUGGCCACCACCACCAAUGCGCCCACCUCAGGUCCCCCGCCAGGCACUCGGGCCAGCCCCCUGGUGAAGAAGGAAGCCUUUGCCCUGCCCUGCCUCCCCCCACCCACGCCCCCACAGUCCCGGGCCCUACUCCCCACACACGUGCCUCUCUCCCUGGGCACCUACCCGGGCCCCAGCCAGGGCACACACGGCAGCCUCCACAGCUUCAGCAGGAGCAGCAGUGCCUCCGGUGGCCCUGGCCUCAGCCUCCCGAAGAACGUGGCUCUGUCACCUCACAGGCUGGGCCCCCCGCUGGCCCCGCCCAGCUCCAACCUGUCUACCUCACACUUGGCGCUGCGGGCCCAGCACCACCACCUCACAGCAGCCAUGUUCGCUGCCCCCCCGACACUGCCCCCUCCCCCAGCGCUCCCCACCAACAGCCUGGUCCUCCCAGGGCACCCAGCCGAUGCCAGCCUCUUGGUCUCCCUCAGCCCACCAAUCAUGUACUGCCAGCCUCCCUCGGGGAUUCUGAUUGAUCACGAGCUGCUCAGGCAAGAGCUGAACACGCGCUUUCUGGUCCAGAGCUCGGCGCGGCCUGGGGCCCCCCUGGGCCCAGGGGCGCCGCUGCGGGCGGAGUUCCACCAGCACCAACACACACACCAGCACACACACCAGCACCAACACUCAUUCGCCCCCUUCCCGCCGGGGCUGCCCCCAACGCCGUUCAUGUCACCCGCCGCACCCCCGCCGUUUGACAAGUACACCCCCAAGCUGGAUAGUCCCUACUUCCGACAUUCCAACACAUCCGGCCCCACUGAGGUGACAGGCCGGCCUAGUGCUGUCCACGCCCUCCUGCAAAAGGCCCCCACGGUGUCAGACCAUUACCGGACUAUGGUCAGGAAACCGGGGAAGUGGUGUGCAGUCCACGUGCAGAUUGCCUGGCAAAUCUACCACCAUCAGCAAAAGAUCCAGAUGCAGCUGGAUCCCCAUAAGGCAGAGGUGGCUGCCAAGCUGGACCUGUUCAGCAGGCCCCCUGCCCCGGGUGUGCUUGCUGGGCUCCACUAUCCGCAGGACUUGGCACGGCCUCUCCUCUCUACCGCAGGUGCUGCCCAUCCUGCCACCAGCCCAUUUGGACCCUCGGCCCAUCACAGCAGCUUCCUGCCCACCGGUCAUCUGGCAGACCCUUUCAGCAGAUCGAGCACCUUCGGGGGCUUGGGGAGCCUAGGGAACGACGCCUUCGGGGGCCUGGGCAGCCACACGCUGAGUAAGGGCGCCUUUGCACAUAAGGAGGGCUCCGCAUUGCCCAGCCCGGCCCCCCUGCACCGCCUGCCCAGCCCACACGAGACCUGGAGCCGGCUGCACCGCACACUGCCCUCCUUCCCCACGCUGCCCCCAUGGCCGAAGCCUGUGGAUGCAGAGUGUGUCUCCACCCUGACCAACCAUGACCGAGAGUUGUACAAGGGCAGAGAGGACUGUGAGCGAGACGUUCUGGACAAGACGCGUCUGCUGAACCGAGCCGAGCCUGCCGCACCGCUUGGCCACCCCAUCAGCGGCUUCCUGCUCCUCCGCGGUUGUAGCCAAGGUGAACCUGGCAGGCCAGGGAUCUCCACCGAUCAGGAGGUGGCCCAGCCCCGGGUCAAGGAGAGCUGUUCCCCGGUCAAGGAGGACGGCGCCAAGGCGGCCCUGGGGGACAGUCUGCGUCUGACCGGUGUGCUGGGCCGCCUGCCUGAGCCCAUGGCCGUCACCCUGCCCCAGAGCGCUGUGAAGGUCAAGGAGGAGCAGCGGGAGGAGGCGGACGCACCCGUGCUGGGGCCCCAGGCCGGCCGCGAGCGCCUGGCCUUCCAGUGGGAGCUGCCGCGCCGCGCCUGCCCUGCAGCACCCGUUCCCCACGAGGCGGCCGACCGCACCUAUCGCGACCGGGAGCCGCACGACUACAGCGCCGAGCACCGGAGGGCUGUGCGCCAGGACGAGCUGGAGCGGGCACGGGCCGCACCGCACCUGGGCGCACACCUGCUACCCACGGGCCCUGCCCUGGAUGGUGCCGCUUUGCUACCGCCGCUGGGUGCCCUGCACUACCCGCGCCUGGCGCCCGCCACUGCACACAACGGGCUCCUGGCACGCACUCCACCGGCUUCUGCCGCCGCCGUUCUCAGCGCGCCUCCGCCCCUGGUGACCGCGGCCCCUGCGCCACCGCCCCCUUCCCAGCCCCCUCCCCAGCGCAGGACUACAUCCCUGGGGCCUGGCCCCAGUGAGGCACGUGACUACUCUCCAUCCCGAAAUCCGCAGGAGGUGGAGACACGGUAG